AUGCAACAAAUGACAGUGGACUGGUUCUGUGUCAGGAGUCACUGGAGACCGAAGUGGUACCUCUUUCGCAUCUUAAAAGCUCCCCCUGGCUGCUGUGUGGAGAACGGGUUGAAGGGAGGGCCAAAGCCACCGAGGGGAGGGGAAAGGGCCGCGCUGAGUGCCAGAAAGGGCGGGCGUCGGGAUGCCUGGGAGUCGGCCACACGGACCUACCCCGGGCCCGCCGGACACGCGCUCUUCCAGGACGUUUUCCGCAGAGCAGACAAGAAUGAUGAUGGGAAGCUCUCAUUUGAGGAAUUCCAGAAUUACUUUGCUGAUGGGGUUCUCAGCCCGGGGGAGCUGCAGGAACUGUUCAGCGGCAUUGAUGGGCAUCUUACCGACAAUUUAGAAACGGAAAAACUGUGUGACUACUUCGCAGAGCACCUGGGUGUCUACCGGCCGGUGCUGGCUGCAUUGGAAUCGCUGAACCGUGCAGUGCUCGCUGCCAUGGAUGCCACCAAGCUGGCGUACGAGAGAGCCUCCAAGGUGGACCAGUUUGUGACGCGCUUCCUGCUGCGGGAGACGGUGAGCCAGCUGCAAGCCCUGCAGAGCUCGCUGGAGGGGGCGUCAGAUACCCUGGAGGCCCAGGCCCGUGGCUGGCGGUCAGAUGCAGAGAGCGUGGAGGCGCAGAGUAGGCCCUGCGGCAGCCGGCGGACAGGACGCCGGGCCCUGAGGAGCGGCAGCCGGUCAUCCACCUGGUCCCCCGGCUCUUCUGACACAGGGCACAGCUCAGAGGCUGAGAUGCAGUGGCAGCUCCAGGUGAACCGCCUCCAGGAGCUCAUCGACCAGCUCGAGUGCAAGGCCCCCCGGCUGGAACCCCUGCAUGAAGAGGACCUGGCCAAGGGGCCUGAUUCGCACAUCCUCGUGGCCCAGAGGCAGGUGCAGGUGGCAGAGGAAGGCCUGCAGGACUUCCACCGAGCCCUGCGCUGCUAUGUGGACUUCACAGGGGCCCAGAGCCAUUGUCUGCAUGUGUCUGCCCAGAAGAUGCCGGACGGUGCCUCCUUCACCCUGUAUGAGUUCUGGCAGGAUGAGGCCUCCUGGAGAAGGCACCAGCAGUCGCCCUGCAGCAAGGCCUUCCAGCGCGUCCUCAUCGACCACCUGCGGGCUCCGGACACCCUCACCACUGUGUUCUUCCCAGCCUCCUGGUGGAUAAUGAAUAACAACUGAGCCAGACCUUCACACGCCGAGGACCCCGGGACCCUGCCUCCCUCCCUCUGGAGCCUUCUGCCCUGGCCAGCCCACCCAGCGCAAAGACCAGGGCCUGCCUCCUCCUGGACCUGGGCCCGGUGGAAGGGCUCUCAGCCCAGGGAUCAGGGACUGGGCUGCUUGCUUUCUAUUUAUUAUUGAUUUAUUUAUCCAUGUAUUUUAUUGUUUGUCACUUCAGCCUCCAAGCUACUUUGGCUUCUGCCUGGCUCAGGAGACCUGGAUUCUGGUCCCUCCUGGCUGAGCGACCCAGGGCAGGUUCUGUCCCUGUGUGGGUGGGCCUUGGGCCAUCUGGCUGCCUAGCAAGGGUCCUGCUUUCUUCCCGCUGUCUUGGGGCCAGGCUUCUGCUCCUUCCCAGCUAGCAGCAGAAGCAGGGCUGAUGCUCAGGGACCCAACCCCUCAAACCUUGCCCCUGAGGCUGGGCUGGACCUGGGUGCCCCUGUUGCCCUCCCAGGCCACUAGGCUCUGACUCUUCCAGCACCCAUGGAUGUGCCAGAGGCCUCUGGGUUGGUUUGCAUGCCAUUUUCUUAUCAUUUGCAUGCCCUCACCCCACCCAUUCUCAGGGCACUAUGGGAAGCCCCAAGGUGACCUGGCCAAGUAGCAAUAAUUUGGGCCCAGGGUCACCUAUUGCCCCCAGAGGCCUCUGAAGCCCAGGCUGGGACCCCAGCACAGAGGCAAUAAAGGCAGUGGUCCCUUCCA